CCACUGCCUCAACGCAUCACAGAGCCGCACUUGACAGCUUGCCAGGUUAGAGGGGGGGUGGGGGGAAACACACCAUUCAAGGGAGGAAACCAGACCUGCUGAAUUUCCAGCAGCCAGCCGUCAUCCGCAUCCAACAACCCCGAGGUAGAGGGUUUCCCGCAGCCUCUCUCUCUCUCUCUCUCUCUCUCUCUCUCUCUCUCUCUCUCUCUCUCCAUCGACAUCAUCAUUUUUUUAUUUUUUUUUGUGGAUUAAUCAGGUUCCUGUUCUAACGCACAGAUGACAGCGUAACCGGGGCAGCAAGCUGUUAGGAAACCAAACACAGCCGCUUUGUUGAAUAGGAUCUGUUGUGACUGGACAUGAAUUCGGCGGAACAGACGGUUACAUGGUUGAUUACGCUCGGGGUGCUGGAAUCGCCGAAGAAGACCAUCUCGGAUCCUGAAGCGUUUCUGCAGACCUCCCUGAAAGAUGGGGUGGUCUUGUGUCGGCUGCUGGAGCGGCUCAGCCCGGGGUCCACGGAGAAAAUUUACCAAGAACCGAAAAACGACGGCGAGUGCCUGCACAACAUAAAGGAGUUUCUCAAGGGCUGCACAUCAUUUCGCGUCGAGCCGUUUGAGGCCAGUGACCUGCUGCUCGGACUGAACUUCUCAAAGGUGCUGAGCAGUCUGGUUGCCCUGAAUAAAGUGACAGCAGAUAUCGGCGUGGGCAGUGAUUCAGUGUGCGCCCGGCACUCUUCAGCCCAUCGCAUCAAGUCGUUUGAGUCGCUGUCCUGUCAGGCUUCACUGGGCCGAUCCUCUAAGCUGCUGCAGAACCAGUUUCGCAGUCUGGACAUGUCAGAAAACAGUGGACAGCAGCUGCUGGUGAGGGCACGUUUCAACUUCCAGCAGACUAAUGAGGAUGAGCUCACCUUUGCCAAGGGUGACAUCAUCGGUGUGACUCGUCAGGAGGACGGUGGCUGGUGGGAGGGGACGCUUAAUGGCAAAACUGGGUGGUUUCCUAGCAACUAUGUCCGUGAGAUCAAAGGCUCUGACAAGCAAGUGUCACCCAAGUCCGGCACUCUCAAGAGUCCCCCUAAAGGCUUUGACACUUCUGCAAUCAGCAAGACGUACUACAACUUGGUUUUGCAGAACAUUUUAGAAACGGAGACGGAAUAUUCUAAAGACCUCCAGAGCCUCCUGACAAACUACCUGCGACCUCUUCAGAGCAUUGACCAACUGAGCAGCUCAGACGUGGCUUUGAUUCUGGGCAACCUUGAAGAGAUCAGCACCUUCCAGCAGAUGCUCGUCCAAUCACUGGAGGAGUGCACCAAGCUUCCAGAGAGCUCGCAGAGGGUGGGAGGCUUCUUCCUCAACCUCAUGCCACAGAUGAAGGCUCUUUAUGCCGGUUACUGCUCCAACCACCCCUCUGCAGUGAAUGUGCUCACCCAGCACGGUGAGAUAUUGGGGGAGUUUAUGGAGGGGAGGGGUGCAGUCAGUCCUGGGAUCCUCACCCUGACCACAGGCCUCAGUAAACCCUUUAUGAGACUCGACAAAUACCCCAACUUACUCAAAGAGCUGGAGAGGCACAUGGAGGAGAUUCAUCCUGACCGGCCAGACAUUCAGAAGUGCAUGGCGUCUUUCAAAAAUCUCUCUGCUCAGUGCCAGGAAGUGCGUAAGCGUAAGGAACUGGAGCUGCAGAUCCUCACCGAAUCCAUCCGGCUGUGGGAGGGGGACGACAUAAAGACCCUGGGCUCUGUGCUUUACAUGAGCCAGGUCUUAGUCCAGAGUCCUGGCUCAGAGGAGAAGAGUGAGCGUUACCUCAUGCUCUUCCCUCACGUCCUCCUUAUGUUGUCUGCCAGCCCCAGGAUGAGUGGCUUCAUAUUCCAGGGAAAAUUGCCCCUGGCCAGCAUGACAGUGACCAAACUAGAAGACUGUGAAGCCCAUAAAAACGCCUUUGAGCUCAAUGGCCCAAUGUUUGACCGUCUCCAGGUGGUGUGUGCCCACCAGCAGGACCUGCAGGACUGGGUGGAACACCUGACCAGACAGAUCAAACACACUGCAGCCACAGCACCCAGCCACAAACCACUCACUGUUCCCUGCCACACGCUCCCAUCUCACCCUCUCACCCCAUCCCGACAUGCUGAGGGGAGGGCCAUGACAGUGGCUCCCACCUACCACACACUGCCUCACCCCUCCUCCCAUGGGACAUCUCUUUCCAGUACUAUGAUGUGGGGCCCAUUGGAACCACCGAACACCCCCAAACCCUGGAGCCUGAGCUGUCUGCGGCCUGCACCCCCUUUACGACCCUCUGCCGCCCUCUGCUACAAGGAAGAUCUUAGUAAAAGUCCUAAGAGUGUGAAGAAACUCCUUCCUAAGCGCAAGCCUGAGAGGAAGCAGUCUGAGGAGGAAUUUGCCUUGAGGAAGAGUACAGCUGCACUGGAAGAAGAUGCCCAGAUCCUGAAAGUUAUUGAGGCAUACUGCACCAGCGCCAAAACCAGGCAGACUCUCAACUCCACCUGGCAGGGCACUGACCUGAUGCACAACCACGUGCUGGCUGAUGUGGACCGGUCCUGUAUGGACUCGCCGGGCCGCCGUAGCAGCGUGUCACGGCCAGAAUUGUCCUCUGAUCUUUCGGAGGACUCUGACUAUGACUCCAUCUGGACCACCCACAGUUACAGGAUGGGUUCAGUGCCGCGUAAGAGCUGCAUCUCUCACCAGAACUAAAGAACGUACAGUACUGCCACGCUGUACUGUAAUGUAACGUACAGCGCGCUUACCUCUUUUACCUUCAAUGUAUUAAAAGAUUUUUUUUAUUUAUGUAUUUAUUUUCUAUGAUAUAUUUGUUCAUUUUUUUGUUAACUUAUUUGGUUUAUUUAUUUUUAGACUGUUUGUUUUAAGAUGUUUUAAGCAUCUCCCUGUUGCCUUGCCACUUUCCCUUUUAUGUGCCUCCUCUCUUUGUGUAGUUGUCAUGCAGUAAGUGUUUGGUAAUUCUUGUUAAUUUAUCUUGAAUGUGACCACUCCCCUUGUUUGACCAUAAAUGUGGCGGACUCUCUCAGCAGGGAGGACAGGGAUGUUGGAGUGGUAUAUAGGGGAGGGAUAACCAGGGGAGGGAGAAAUGGGGACUGAGCUUUUCCUGUCUGAUAUUCAGAUGUAAUUCAGGAACGAGUGUAUUCUAUUUACCAUGUACUACUUCUCUCCAGUAUGUGUUUCUAGAGUAUGUAUGCUCAAACAUAGCACAGAUGCCAUACACACACGCACAGGUUCGGGCGCACAUGUCCCUGCUGCCUGAUAAUAUGCAGCAUGCAAAUGAAAUAUCCAAAUUCUUAACAUUUUAUAUAAUUUCUGUUUUCAUACUUUGGAUCUUUUUUCAUGUUGCCAGUGCUAAACAGGAUUAAACUGAACAUACCACAUAACCAAAAGCUACUAAAAUACAAAAAAAAUCUUUAGAUAUAAUAGUUUGUGAAACACAGUUCAUUAUUUGAUGUAGCUGCUACAGAAAGAGGAGAUUAUCACAGACAUUUCACUCUCAAGUCAAGCUUGUAGAAGUGUGAAUUUAAAGGGUCAGUUCACCCGAAUUACAAAAAACACAUUUCACACUUGUUUCAAUUUCUGCCUGAACUCCAAAACAAUCAAAGUGAAUGCAGUUUUCAUUGAGGUGCUCACAGCUUUGAAAAAUACACCAAUGUGUCUUUUUAGAAUCAGUGUCCCCAUUACUCUAUACAAUCUAAAGACCUCACUGUCAACAGUUUAAAUUCAGACUACUUCCUGUUGAAGAUAUUGGCACUAUGGAAACUGUUUACAAUAAGGAUUAAUGUUCAAUCCUGUGAGCACCAAACUCUCAAUCCCAGUUAACUCUAUUGUAAUGUUGUGGAUGCAGACAUUGCUGAGACUAACCUGGACCUCUUUCUGCAACACUAGAUACCAUCUCUGGAGUUAAGUGAUAGAAGGUUUUUUUUGUAUUUUUGGUGAACCGAACCUUUAAGUCAUUAAUUUUAAUAAUUUCCUGUAUUGUGUAGUCUCCUAAGCAUCAUCCUUUAAAGCCUGAUCUUCCAUCCAGUAAUGUUGCUGUCUGUCAGUGGUUCUACAGGGUUGCAUUUACAUUUUGUUUUAAACCUCAAGUUAGUGCAUUAAUAAUACAAUAAUACAAAAUAUAAAGAUUCAUUUAAACCAAGCAUGGCAUACCAACCGAACACUAACUAAUAAAUAAACACAGCUACAGUCCUGUAAUGAAAAUCAAAUGCCUUUUGUUUAAUGUCUCCUGCUAGUUCAAAGAAAGGUUUGACAUUUUGGGAAAUUAACCUGGAGCCGGUAGCAGGUUAGCUUAGCUUACCGCACAUACUGGAAAAUAUAUGUUCAUUGAGCUUUAGAGGUGGUCGUAGAUGGAAGCCAGGCUUGUUGUUUCCCCGUAUCUAGUCUUAAUGCUAAGCUAGGCAAAACAGGUCCUGACUCCAGCUCUAUGAGUAACACACAAACAUGAGAUUGAUACUGAUUUUCUUAUCUCACUCAUGGAAAAGCAAAACAGUAUAAUCAAUCUUGUUGUUAUGUAUGUGGCAACAGUGCGGAAAACCCUCUCUUUAACUACCUUUCUUCAGCUUCCAGUCUUUAUGCCAAGCUAAGCUAACCAGCUGCUAGCUCUAGCUUUAUAUAUCCUAUACAGACAUCGAGAAAGAGAAUAACUUCCCAAAGUGUUCAACUAUUCCUUUAAGCUGUAGCUGUUAUUAGACUGACAAUUUGACCAGGUUAGCGUAAUGCCGAAAGAAACAUCUCCUGUGUCACAACAAACUAGCACCUAUGUUACGGCCUCAUAAGCCAGACAUGCCUUUGUGUGUCGGGCUUGUAAGGUUUCCCAUGCUAUCUCUUGCAUUAAUUCCUAUUUUUAUGAAGAAGUAUUUUUCCAGGUGUUUGGUAAUAAAAGUACAGGUUGGCAUCCACUUAGAGCCUAUCUUAACAGCAAGCAAUGCGAAUGACAUGGGGUCCAUGUUACAGUACUAUUUACUGUUUCUGAAAUGAUUUCUUUAUUGUAUUCAUUAUUUUGUAUACAGGCGUUUUUUUAUUUAUUUAUAUUUUAUUCUGUAUGUCAAUGUUUACAAAAUGAUCCCUGGAAGAAUCAUUGUUUUUUUGUUUUUUUGUUUUACAUUUUAUUGGUCUGUAUCAAAGUUUACACAGAAAAUUAUAACAUGAAGUGUUUGAAUUAUUUUGCACAAUCAUGUAACGGGCCAGAGGGUGUGGGGGAUAGAAUCUGUUAAAUUCUGUACUUUUUGUCGUCUACCUACAGUGUGUAUGAUAUAGUCCUAAAGGUAGACUUGAGUAUUCAGUGUUACUGUAAAGUAAAUGCUCAUUCGUAGUGUAAAUGCUCACCUUCGAUGUUUUUGAAAGCAUUGGGGUACAAAAAAAAGAAACAAGAGACCGUGAUUAUACGGGAACAUUUCUAUGUGAAAUACUCAUUCAACCUCAGAAUACUGUCAGAGUGGACUUGAAAUAUAAGAGCACAUAGUCUCCCUUUCUGUAAAUACUAGUUGUCAUGGAGCAAGAAAAAAAAACCAUUCUAUCUUCUAUGAGUAUUUGAGCUAAGAAUAUCACUGUCCUUAUAUCAUGUGCUAUACUUUGUGACAGGUGUAUUCUGUGGUUUAAAAAACGAAGUCAAACUGUGGGACAGGCAGGGUGAAGAGACCAACUAUCUUUGACCAACAUUGUCCUCUGUGUGCUCUAAUGCUGUAUUCAGUUCACACAUGUGACCAUGUCUUAUCUAACAGCGCCGUCAGUGUAUUUGUUCUACACUGCUGAAGUGUUCAAGUCCCAAACGCUGUAUUAUGAGUUUUGAAUAAAUCUGUCAUUUGGUA